AUGGUAACACAACAGCUCAGAAAGGAUAUUGCAGCUUUCGAGAAAGAUCCAAAAGCCGCCCCUCCGUCUUUAAUUGGACAGAUCACAACCACUUCCAACAGUCUCAGUCGGACACUCAAGGAUUUUUCAGAUUAUAUAGAAAAACAGACCUUGAGUCUCAACGAGGCCCAAAAGGCAAAGAACAAGAGCAGGUUGCAGACUCUACGGCAGGAGUAUACCGAAUACAAGCAGAAAAUAGACAGUUUGCGAAAGCAGAGAGAGGAAGCACUGGCUGAGGCAAAUAGAAGCCGACUUUUUUCAAAUACAUCCACUGCCAUCUCUGAUAAUCCGUAUGAUGAAAGCAACAUGACCUCCAGGCAAUCACAUGCUGUGUCACAGGGCGAGCAGACCCAGAUCAAUGCAUCAUCCGGCAUGUCAAUGACAGACGGCCUCUAUAAAGAGCAGACAUCCUUAGAGCGCUCUAAUCAGCAACUAGACGAUAUUCUAGACAUGGGAAGACAGGCAUUUGAUGAUUUGGUGCAGCAGAAUGAGAUGGUGGGCAAAAUGAGGGACCGCAUGAGCUCGUCUUUGGAGACGAUGGGUGUUUCGAGGGCUACGAUAAGAAAAAUCGACAAGAAGGCUUUUGAAGAUAAGUGGAUAUUUUACAUAGGGGCGGCGCUGACUUUUUUGAUCAUGUACUUGAUAUGGCACUACUUAGGAUGA